UUAAAAAUAUUUUACAUUAUUUGCAGCUAGUUCUUUACCUAAAAUGUAUAAUUCAUCAAUAAAAGCUUGGAAUGUCAUACCCCAAGAUUUAAAAUGGACCCUUUCUAGUGAAAAUGAGUGCUCUAUAUGUAUGGGUACUGUGAAAAAAAUCAAUUCUUACAUUUUGGCGUGUGGACACUUCUUUCAUGCAAAGUGUAUAAAAGAAUGGAUGAAUUCUGAUACCUCUUGUCCAAAUUGUCGAUACUUAAUAAUUGACAUAGAUGUGUGCUCAUCACCAAAAAUAAAUAAAUAAUUUUGUGUUCUUAGUUACAGUUAUAGAAAGACUCAUUUUUUCUUUAAUGUAUUUUUAAUUAUUAAAAACCAAAAAGUCUUUGGUUUGA